GUUCUCUAUCACACACACUUACCCAAUCCAGCCUCUACAGCCAGUGCAGUUUGUGUGCAGUCCUGCACUCAGGUGGAAACUUCAAAGCACGCCACACUCUCACAGCAACAGACACAGAGCAGGCUAAGGCAGCAUGAACUCAGGCACAGUGCAGUAUUCCGGAGUGAAGUGCCGUGACGACAUUCCAAGUGUGCUCACAGAUGACGGCUAUUACUCCAAGAAGAAACGAUAUGUAAGAAAAGAUGGGAGCUGUAACAUGGUUAUGCACCACGUUCCAGAGGAGUGGCUUCUCUGGGUCACUGACAUCUUCACCACCCUGGUCGAGAUCCGCUGGAGGGUCAUGCUCUUGACAUUUGCCCUCUCCUACAUUUUAUCAUGGCUCUUUUUUGGAAUUUUAUUCUGGAUCAUUGCACUGACCCACGGCGAUAUGAAAGACCCCAACAAUGAGCCAUGUGUUUAUGAGGUUCGAAGUUUUACAGCUGCUUUUCUAUUCUCAUUAGAGACCCAAACCACCAUUGGUUACGGCUUUCGGGGCAUGUCAGAGAACUGCAUGAUCGCCAUCAUCGUAGUUACCAUCCAAGAUGUCAUCAGUGUCUUCAUUGACACUUUUGUCAUCGGCAUCGCCGUCGCCAAGAUGGCAUCUGCCCGUAAGAGAGCCCAAACAGUUGGGUUCAGCAAUUGUGCAGUGAUCAACUUACGUGAUGGUCACCUAUGCCUGUCGUGGCGGGUCGGGGACUUCCGAAGGAACCACAUGGUAGAAGGGACAGCUCAUGCACAGCUGGUACAGCACCUGGCACACAGCAUAGGGAAAGUUGAUGUUACGUACAAAGACCUCAACAUUGAAGAAAACAGCAUCAUCCUGGCCACCCCAACCACCAUAGUUCAUAAAAUCAGUCCUGGCAGUCCUCUAUACAAGGUGAGCUUGCAGGACCUGAGGAAGGAGAGCUUUGAGCUGGUGGUCUCUUUCACCUACACAGACGACUGCACGGGCAUCCUUCACCAGACACGCACAUCCUACACUCCCAGCGAGAUUCUGUGGGGCCAGCACUUUCAGGAGAUGAUCAGGGUCACCCACAAGAACUACAGAGUGGACUACGCCCUGUUCAACCACACAGUUAAAGUCCUGGUCCCAGAAUUAAGCGCAGAGGAGUAUGACCUAAAGAAGUACUCUCAACAGCCAAAACACAAACCACUCCACACAAGUUCUCCAGCGGCAGCUGUGGAAUUGGCUAAUGGGAAUAGUCUUGAGGCAGAAAAAGCAUCCACUAGCAGUGCUGUCCAAGAACACGAGCUAUAACAGUGAACAUCCUGACUCUGCUAUAGCACUUUGAAAUGGGGCUUCCUCAAAGUGAAAGAAAUAGUGCACUUAUAGUUAGAUUUAGACUUAAAGGUGUGCUGUCAGUUAGCAGGAAGAUUUUAAAAGGCCCUUCUAACAAAGACAGUAUCCUGGACAAGUACUGGAAUAUCACAUUAAAGCCCUGUAGGUACUUUGGCUUUGAUGAGAAACCAUUUAGAGCGCUACUUUUAAAAUAAUAUAAAAGCUGUGUUUGAAUAGUAUUUUAAUUAUGUUCUAUAUAUUAUAGCAGCCUUGCACAAAAUUCUCUUCGUACACAACGCACACACAUCUCUACAGGUAUCACAGAUGCAGUAAAGAUUUGAUGUGUAUUACAGACUCUUAUGACCUUGAAGGUUCUUUGAUAUCCAGAGAUGUAAAAAAAAAGACCUCCUUGAUUAAAUUAUGACCCCCAAACCCUAGACCUACAUAAGAGGCAAUGGAUCAAUUAUAAUGACAGUGACGUUAACCUGACCAAACUGUGGUCAGUCAGUGUGUCUCUUUGGCAUUAGCUGAGGAAGUGCAGAACAUUGUUCCACCUUAUUUUGCAAAGUGGUUAACCUUUCCGUCCAAACAACUAAUAAAAUCUUUUGGAAAAAGAG